GAUUGGCCAGCUUGUGGGUGAUGUCAUAAUUCCCUCCUCUGACCCAACAAUGCCAGCACCAUUUAAAAGGCCGGCCCCUGACUGCAGCGUGUGCAGUGAGAAAAAUUCACCACAAGGAGAGCACCUUCAAGACUGCUGCUGGAGUGUGGGGACAAAAGUCACUGCUGUCCUAGUUCCUGGUUCCUGAGUCCGGAAAAAGAAAUGAUCUUAUGAAGAUGGGAAAAGAAAUCCAGCAAAGACCAAAGGCAAAUGUCUCUUCUUACAUCCACUUUUCUCUGAACUACAGAAAAAAACUCAAGAAGCAGCAGCCAAAUACCUACCUCGGCUUUAAAGACCUAUCUAGAAGGUGUUCCGAAAAAUGGAAGUCCAUCUCAAUGCGUGAAAAGGCCAAAUACGAAGCCCUGGCCAAGCUUGACAAAGCCCGCUAUCAAGAAGAAAUGAUGAAUUACGUGGGCAAGAGGAGGAAGAGAAGAAAGCGGGACCCCCAGGCACCCAGACGGCCUCCGUCGUCCUUCCUGCUCUUCUGCCAAGACCACUCUGCCAAGCUGAAGAGGAAGAACCCGAACUGGUCAGUGGUGCAGGUGGCCAAGGCCAUGGGACAGAUGUGGCGUACGAUGACAGAUGUGGAAAAGCAGCCAUACGAACAGAGAGCAGCUGUCCUAAGAGCCAAGUACCGAGAGGAACGUGAGGCCUACUGUGAACAACGCAGCACCAGGAAGAAGAGCCGUGUGUCAGCGAGGAACCGGCGCAGACGGAGCUGAGCCACACGCAGCUGAUGGAUCCAGUUCGAAAACAUAAAAUGCCAUUCAGCCAGAACUGAUGGAUCCAGUUGGAAAAAUAAAAUGCCAUUCAGUCGUA